AUGGCAAGUAGCAGCACUACUGUUAUUGUAUCCGGUCAUAAUGGCCAAUGGGAAUGGGAAGGUGACAAAGGUAUUUGGCAACAAUAUGAAAUUAGUAUUCAACAGGAAAUAUCUCAAGCAUUCGAUGCUGGAAACAAAGAAGUUGAUAUUAAAGUAUCUGAUGAGAUGAGUAUGACAAUUAAAUUUGACGAUAUGGUACAAGUAAAUAAGAAAACAAAAUUUAUGCGUCGGAUUCGUGUUUGCCUUGAAUUGAAAGAUGAAAAUGGAUUCUAUGGUUAUGAAUGGCAAGAUCAAAAUAAGAAAUGGGAAGCCUAUUCGGUUGAUGUUAUGAUUAAAAUUGCUGAUGCAAUUGUUGCUGAUCAAACAAGUUUAUCCGUUACUUGUCAAAAUCGAUCCUAUGAUAUUGAUCUGAAGAAAUUAAUUCAAACAAAUACAAGCACUAAAGUCACUCGAAAAAUCCAUCGCGUUAAAUCAAUGGCGAAAAUACCAUCGACUAUUCCAAAAACAUCGACCAAACGUACAUUAGAAAACGAUGAAGAACCCAGUGAAAGUACGCCUAAAAAACGUGCAGUAUCAGCAUCAUCUGGCUCAGAGAAAAGCUCGGUACGAACAGUAACAACAAUAGCCGGACAAGCCCCUGUUGAUGCUGAAUGUAAAAAUCUACUGGGAAAAGCUCAUGUUUAUACCGAAAAUAAAGAUAUAUUUGAUUGUAUGCUAAAUCAAACAAAUAUUGGAAAUAAUAAUAAUAAAUUUUAUUUGAUUCAACUUCUCGAAGAUAACAAGAGUAAAAGUUAUCAUGUUUGGUUACGUUGGGGUCGUGUGGGUUAUACCGGACAAGUAUCUUUGGAAAACUUCGGCGCAGAUUUAGCCAAUGCCAAACGAUGCUUCUGUCAAAAAUUCAGUGAGAAAACAAAAAAUGACUUUUAUCAUCGUGAUACAUUUACGAAAUAUUCCGGAAAAUAUGAUUAUGUUAAACUUGAUUAUAAUCCGACGACUUCUAAAACUAGCGAUGAAAGUGAAGAAAACAAGAAAAAACGUGAAGCAGCUCUCGAAGAACUUAAAAGUCGGCCCAUACCAGAAUCGAAACUUGACAAACGCGUUCAAGAUCUGAUUGAAUUAGUUUGUAAUAUACGUUUAAUGGAAGAAGCACUACUCGAAAUGAAAUUCGAUGCCAAAAAGAAUCCUCUUGGUAAACUUAGUUCUGUACAAAUUAAAGCUGGCUAUGCCGCAUUAAAAGAGAUCGAAUCUUUUAUCGAUACAAAUAAUUUCAAUGCGGCUUUUGUCGAAGCCAAUAAUACGUAUUAUACAAGAAUUCCACAUGAAUUCGGUCGACAUACUCCACCGUUAAUAAAAACAAGUAAACAAAUAAAACACGAAAUGGAAUUACUCGAAGCACUUGACGAUAUUGAAGUUGUAUUUAAUUCUUUGACUACGAAUGAAAACAAUAAUCUCAAUCCAAUUGAUCAACAGUAUGAAAAAUUAAAAUGUGAAUUGAAUCCAAUCAAUAAGACAGAUGAGGUUUAUAAAUUAAUUGACGACUAUCUUCAAUCAACACACGCAGCAACACAUCAACUCUAUAAGAUGCAAAUUGAAGAUGUUUUUGAAGUUGAUAGAGAAGGCGAAAAAGAUUCAUUCAAUAAUGUCGGCAACAAAAUGCUUCUGUGGCAUGGAUCUCGCUUAACUAAUUUUGCCGGUAUCAUGAGUCAAGGUCUACGUAUCGCACCGCCCGAAGCACCUGUUACUGGUUAUAUGUUUGGCAAAGGUUUAUAUUUCGCUGAUAUGAGUAGCAAAAGUGCUAAUUAUUGUUAUCCGGAUCGAAAUAAAAAUGUGGGCCUUCUACUUCUUUCUGAAGUUGCUCUUGGCAAAUGGAAUGAAUUAUUUCAUUCUGAUAGUAAUGCACAUAAAUUACCUACAGGUUGUUCCAGUGUGAAAGCACUUGGAUCUGUUGCACCGAGUGCAAAGAAUGAAGUUAAAUUUAGUGGUGAUAUUACUGUGCCAAUGGGUCCCGGUGAAGCAGCAACAGCACACAGCGCGAAAGGCUAUUCAUUGAAUUACAAUGAAUUUAUUGUUUAUGAUGCCAAACAAGUUCGAUUACGAUAUUUAAUUAAAUUUAAAUUUUUAUUUAAAUGA